AUGGAAGGUUUCGAGCGAAGGCUACAAAACCUACAGGACCAAUUUGAAGGCAAGGUGAGGCCUUCCGCUGAGAAUCUAUUAACCUCCUCGCCCUUCGUGGAUGAAAUUAUGGAUUAUCGGGCUCCCGCGGACCUAAAAAUCCCGGAGCAUGCUAGUUUCGAUGGGACGGGGGAUCCCCGAGAACAUCUGGUCAGUUAUCAGGCCAAACUGCAAGUCCUAGGGGUGGAAGAACCACUUAUGUGCAAGGCUUUUCUCCCUACUCUCAAGGGACUCGCCCAAAAAUGGUUUCUGGCACUGCCAAGCCGUUCCAUUCGGUGCUUCAAUGAUUUGGCCGACCGAUUCCUUACUCACUAUGCCGUAAACAUCAAGCCGCAGCGCAAUCUUACUCACCUGAGCGGGAUCAGUCAGGAUGAGGGAGAAGCUUUGAAAACGUAUCUGGCUCGCUGGCAAAAGGAGGUACAAACCAUUGAGGGGUUAGAUGAGCAAGUGGCUAUCACCUUUUUCAUGGAGUCGCUCCGAGCGGGCAAAUUGUUUAUUCAUCUUUACAAUGAUCGCCCAAAGACGUAUGUAGAGGCUAUCCAAAGAGCCAGUCGUCAAGCAGACACGGAAGAGGCUGUGAGACAAAAGCGGCAGCGAGAAGCUGCCGGGUCCAGCGCUAAGCGAUCACAACCUGAGUCCAAGAGUCGAACGGAACCUGAGCGCCCUAGUCGUACUAAGGUACGACGAGGAUCUGAGAGGGUGGGGGCUUCGCCCCCUCACCUUACCGUAGCCCAACCCGUGCAUGAGGUUAAAGAUACCUUGCCUCCCCCUCCGCCUCUGAAACCUGGAGAUCAGCCCGAGAUCUUGCCCCCGGGAGGGGUCUCGUCGAAAUACUAUCGAUAUCACCGAUCGACUACACACACCACGGAGGAAUGUUCUUACCUGCGCAGAGAAAUAGAGGCAAUGAUACAGAAGGGUGCUCCGCCUCCACCUAAUCAAUGGAGGCGAUAUCCGCGUUCCGAUAAAACAGAUUCACGCUCUGAUCGAGGAAAACAACCCGCCUCUGAGGAAGAGGAGACUAAUUGGAAGCACAAACCUGUUAUCAACAUGAUAGUAGGAGGACUGGAAGGAGGGGAUUCAUCCGGUUCUCGGAAAGCUUGGGCUCGGCAACUAUAUGUGGGAACCAUCUACGGUCGGGACGACAGUCUAAAGAAGGUAUGUCGAGAACCCAUUGUGUUUACUGAUGAGGACUUACCCCGAAGCCAACAUCCCCAUCGGGAUGCUUUGGUUAUUGCCAUGGACGUCCAUGGUACGGUAGUCCGAAGAGUCCUAGUGGACACAGGAAGUAGCGUGAACAUUUUGUAUUUAGAGGUGUUUGAGAGGUUAGGGUUACAACGUAACAAGCUAAAACCUGUGAAAACGCCUUUAGCCGGUUUUACCGGGGACUCAAUUGAGUCAGAGGGAUCCAUACGUUUACCGGUUGAAAUUGGGACCUUUCCCAACCUUCGAAGCAUAGACAUGNGGCGUCGGGAGGUAGCUCGAUCUGUUAUGGAUCGAUUAAGUGACCCCCAGGGAAAUUCGUUACGAAACCCACCACGCGGAAACCCGGAUCGACCGAACGGCAAUCGCCAAGAACGUUGA